AUGGCGAGCAACUGGCAGCCGGAACUCAAGCGUACGUGGAGCGCAAGAUGCGACAGCGCCGUUCGCGAAAUCCUGCUGUCGCAGCGAGGCAAGGUCGCGGUUGCGACCGCGGGCGGGCUGCACCUGUAUGACGGCCCUCCCGGCUUCGCUCUGCGCCACGAGCUGCUCGGCCAGACCGCGGGCGUAACCGCCGCUGCAUUCGGCGCCAAGGGCGCGGACGUCGUCACGGGCGGCGCCGACGGGUUUUUGAAGUGGUGGCAGGUCGACAGCGGGGAGGAGCUGUGCUCGACCCAAAUCCCACUCGACGAAAGGCAGCACCAGGAGCUUGCCGUCGGCGACGUCGCCUGCUCCAAGGCGGGGCUUGUUGCGGCCACCAGUGGCAGGCUGCUGUGCAUUUUCGGAUCUGGGGGCGAGCACCUGCACACGCUCCGCGCCGGCGGCGACGGCGACGGCGCGUCGCCGCCGCUGCGCCACGCGACGUGGCUCGACGGCGAGAGCGUGGCGGCCGCGUGCGGGCCCGACGCCCUCGUGUGGCGCGUGGACGGGGAGGCGGCGGAGGCGGCGGGCGCCUUCGCAACCAACCCUGCCGCGGGGAUAGAGCGGCUCGCGCUGUCACCUGACGGCCGCUACCUCGCAGCCGGAUGCGCCAACCGCACGGUCCAAGUGUGGGACACGCAGCAGGAGGCGCCAGACCCGCUGCUCGUGAUCACAGAGGGCGUCGAUGCGCCCCCGGCUGCGCUCUCGUGGGACGCCGCCGGCCAGCUGCUGGCAGCGGCAGUUGGCGGCGAGGCGCUGGUGUGGGACAUAUUGAGCGCCCAGGAGGGCCGGGCGGAGGGCAGCUGCGUGUGCGGCGGGUUUGAGCCGGGCGCGCGUGUCACCAGGGUCGCAUUUCAGCCGAACGGCACCUUACUGGCCGUCGCGGCGGACGACGGCCAGUGCCUCGUGUUCGAUUCCGCAGCCUUUGCACCCGGCGACGCCGCCCCAAACACAGCUACCCACGCGGCGAGCGGCCGCAUCGGCGCUCCAGGCGGCGCCGCAGAGGCCGACGGCGGGGCCGGCAGCGGAGGCGGAGACGCCGGGGCGGUGACCGCGCUGACGUGGCACAGUACCGGCAGCCUGCUGCUGGGCACCGCCACAGGGGCCGUCGGGGCACUCCAGCCGCUGCGCGCCGGCGUGCAGCGCGCCCCCAGCGCCCUUGAAGGGGACGGCGCGGUGCGGAGGCAGGAGUCGGCCAAACGCCGCAGCGCCACGCAGCCAUCGGCCGCAGCCGCGCUCGACGCGGCGCCGCAGCCGUCCGCACCCAGGGCAGCCCCCGUGCCAGCGCCCGCGGCGCCGCGGGCGGCGCCGGCGGGCUGGGGCGGCGAGCCCUUGCUGACUAAUGGGAUGGGGAGUCCUUCAACGCGCGGCUACGGGGAAGCUGCGCAGGGCGUGGGGGUCGUGGCGGCGGCCGGCGGCGCGGGCAUGCGCGGCCGCGGCGGCCGCGGCAUGCGUGGGGGCGGCGCCGGCGGCGCGGGGCGGUACGGGGCGCCCAUGCAGCAGCAGUACGCGCCGCAGUACGUGAAGCGGGACGGCAGCGCGCCUGGCAGCGCGGCGCCUUACCACGACGGCGGGCCGCCCAAACCCGGCCUUUUGGUGGGGGUUGCGGCGCCGCCGCAGCAGCUGCACCAGCAGCACCAGCAGCAGCAGCUGCAGCUGCUGCCGGGCCAGGUGCAGGCGCAGCUGUCGCCUGAGCAGCAGGCGCAGCAGGCGCAGGCGAUGCAGGCCGCGGUGGCGACGCAGUAG